AUGGCUGAACAAUUGAUUCUCAAGGGAACCCUCAAGGGCCACAAUGGCUGGGUUACCAGCUUGGCCACUUCCCUGGAGAACCCCAACAUGCUUCUCUCUGGAUCACGAGACAAGACCCUGAUCAUCUGGAACCUCACCCGUGAUGAGACCGAGUACGGCUAUCCUAAGCGAUCGCUUCACGGCCACUCCCACAUUGUCUCGGACUGUGUCAUCUCCUCGGACGGCGCAUACGCCCUGUCUGCCUCUUGGGACAAGACCCUCCGUCUCUGGGAGCUCGCCACCGGCACCACCACUCGCCGCUUCGUUGGCCAUACUAACGAUGUUCUCUCCGUCUCCUUCUCUGCCGACAACCGUCAGAUCGUUUCCGGCUCCCGCGACCGCACCAUCAAACUCUGGAACACCCUCGGCGACUGCAAGUACACCAUCUCCGAGAAGGGCCACACCGAGUGGGUUUCUUGUGUGCGCUUCAGCCCCAACCCUCAGAACCCCGUCAUUGUCUCCAGCGGCUGGGACAAGCUCGUCAAGGUUUGGGAGCUCUCUUCCUGCAAGCUGCAGACCGACCACAUCGGCCACACCGGAUACAUCAACACCGUUACCAUUUCUCCGGAUGGCUCCCUGUGCGCUUCCGGUGGCAAGGACGGCACGACUAUGCUAUGGGACCUCAACGAGUCCAAGCACCUGUACUCCCUCAAUGCCAACAAUGAGAUCCACGCUCUCGUCUUCUCCCCUAACCGUUACUGGCUCUGCGCUGCCACGUCCACCAGCAUCAUCAUCUUCGACCUCGAGAAGAAGAGCAAGGUGGAUGAGCUCAAGCCCGACUUCACUGAGACCGAAACUGGCAAGAAAAGCAAUGACCCCGAGUGCGUCAGCCUUGCCUGGUCCGCUGACGGCCAGACUUUGUUCGCUGGCUACACCGACAACAUCAUUCGCGCCUGGGGCGUCAUGUCCCGGGCAUAA